GCCGAGGUGAGAGUCUCAUAACCUACCUUUGGCCGCCUUUUUGGCAAUCUCACUCUGAGCAGUCUCGUCGUCCGAGAGCACGUAUUGCAGGGCCCAAUCCUUGAAACUCGACAUGUUGAAAAGAUUGAGAUGGAGGUGGUAGUGGUGAUGGUGAUGGUACUUGACGUUAUAUGUUGUCACAAGCAGCAAGGUGGAUUCGGGAGAGCGCGAUGCAGAGCUGUGAGAGAAUGAACGACGAAAACCUUCAACGUUUCCAAAUGAUGUGCACUCAACCUGGACCUCAAUGGAUUGCCGUCGGUGUGGUCAAGUUAGGGGGUGAUGGAAGCUUGGGCCAACUUCAAACACAAGGUUAUGUAUGGGUAAUGUAUGGAUGGAUCAGGAUGAGGGACGGGAUUGUAAAUGGAGAUGUUUCUAAACUUGUCACCCGGCGGUCGACCAACAAAGCGAAUAGAGAUUAGUCUGGUCUGACAGCGGUAGCAUAGGUACCUAGUCAGACACAGGACAGA